GUUGGCUAAAGUAGAGAUCUUGCUCUUGGUUCAUGUGUGGCGGUCGUAUGCCGGUGGCAUGUUUUCUCCUCCCAGUGAUUGCACAAUAGUUGGACACAUACUGCUUCUCAAGAGAUCCCUGGAAGGAAAUUGCAACAUUUCAACAAGUCUCCACAGAUGAGGAAGUCAGAGCUCCCUGUUAGUAACGGAGGACGGUGUUUACAGGAGACUGCCAUGUGACCUGAGGGACACGUUGGUGAUCCACAGAUCGCCAUGGGCUUGAAUCCAACCCUGGGAUCGCUGCUGUUCUUCUUCGGAUUCUUCUUGACCUGUUCAGGAUCUUUCCGUGAUAACUGCAGUGACUACAAGCUCCAGUUUGAGAAGGUGUUCACAGUCCCUGGGGAUGUAGUGAUGCUCAACAGCACCCUGGUGUCUCCAGACGUCUUCGACUUCUCCUCAGUCCCCUACACCAUCACCUGGUAUGACUCCAACUCCACCAUGGAGCUGCGGAACAAGACUGGCCGGACCCUAGUGUGGCGACACAUGCUGUGGUUUCUGAAUGUGACGAUGGAGGAUGCGGGAGAAUAUGUGACCAUUGUGAGGACCCCCACAGACUGCUACCGUCAGGUCACUCAGAUGGUUGUGGAGCGUCCUCUGGCAGGCCAGUGUGGCCGACCUCAGAAAGCUCCCCAGAUCCUCACCAAUGAAGCCACAGAUUCUCUGUCCUGCCCACUGAAAGAGUACAUCACAACUUUGGACCGGCACAGCAUUACCUCAUCCAUCACGUGGUACAGAGGCUGUGAUGUCAUUGAGGACGGGACUGACCGGUACAGCUACUGGAACAGAGUCAAAUUGAAGAUUGAUGGCGUAAAACCCACAGACAAUGGCUUCUUCACCUGUGUCCUCAGCUUCAGCCUGGGUGGCAUUAAUAGAUCUGUGUCAGAGACCAUUGAUGCGUGGGUCAAAGAGGACUAUUCUCUGGAACCACAAUUGAAUGAGCCGGCAGGAGAGGUCAUUAAGGCGUCUGCAGGAUCUCGCUUCACCAAGAACUGCCUGGUGUUUGUGCCAUGUGUUGGGCCUCCUCGUGUGGAUCUUUACUGGCGGGCCAGAGACAACUUUAUCAUGAGCAGGAACCCUUCUGACAGAGUCUACACCUCUGAGCACCGAUCAUGGCAUCAAGAGUCUCCAGUUAAAGGUGUUUGGCUGGAGAAAACUCUGAUCAUCACUGAGCUGGGGCAGGAGCACUUGCAUUCCAACUAUUCCUGCCUAGUGUACAGCAACUAUGGCUCACAAAUGGACUACUUCACUCUGCUGCCAAAAGAUCCGUCCAUCUUAGUUCCCAUUGGGACCCUUAUGGCUUCUGUGAUGCUGCUCUUCAUCAGUACUGUUGCUUUCUACUACGUCUUCAGGAUUGACAUCGUGCUGUGGUUCAGACAAGCGUUUCCCAUCGUCUAUGGGAAUACAGAUUUGGAUGGGAAGCUAUACGACGCAUAUGUGGUCUACCCUCAGCCUGGGACAGCCGGAUUCAGACAGGAAGUGGAAACAUUUGCAAUUCACACUUUAAGUCAAGUGCUGGAAAAAUCCUACGGCUACAGACUAUUCAUCGCGGGGCGUGACUGUGUGCCAGGACAUGCCGUAGCAGACACAGUGGACGAGAGCAUCUGCGCCAGCCGCAGGGUCCUCUUGCUCUACGAUGCCUCAACCUUCACUGCUAACAGCAUCAGCAGCAACAAUAACCUCAGCAGUUCCAAGAGUGAGGAGAGUCUGGUGGGUGGCGUGAAGACAGACGGGAGGCAGCAGCUGGAGUGUGUGCUGGCCAUGCACCAAGCUUUGAUGGAGGGUUCUCUGAAGGUGGUUCUGGUGGAGUUGGAGGAAAUCACAGCUGCACAACUGGCUCUCUUCCCUGAGUCUGUCAGUCACCUGAGGAAGAAGCAGGGAGCUGUGUGUCUGUGGAAGAGCAGAAGGACGGGGCACAGCUGGAGGACAUGUACCAGGACACUGGAUGACAAGAAAGUGAGGCGAGACUCAGAAAUUCCCCUGUCCGUUUCCUCUUCAUCCAGGUUCUGGAAGGAGAUGAGGUAUCAUAUGCCGGUGCGUGGCAAGAGAGCCAUGUCCCCAGAGAAGACUACACUUUUAAACUUGUGACGGUGACUCAUUAGAAACAAAGUGACUGAAGGUCGUUGAGGUCAUCCAUCUGUCCCCGUGAUGAUGACUCGUCUGAACACUAGAUGUAAAAAUGUAUUGUAAAUAUAUUGCGUCGUCGCCACCUUGAAUGGAUAAAAAUAAAAUGU